AUGGCCAACCCACGCCAGCGUUCCAAGGCCAAGUCGCACAAGUCGACCAAGCCGUCUCUUACCCAGAAGAGGCGCAUCCACUCCAAGCUUCGCAAGGCUCCUCCCCUCAAGGGCCCCGAGGCGCUCCAGACCGCAUGGGACAAGAAGAAGACCGUGUUCCAGAACUAUGCCGCCCUCGGUCUGCUCCCUUCCAUGUCCGUGGCCAAGGAGGCCUCGACAUCGCGCCAGCAGCGCGUGGAGCUCCCGCUCAUUCCCGGCUCCAUGGACAUUGACGAGCUCGACUACGUCCCCAAGCAGCAGUUUGGUCGUAUCAUCCGUGACGCGGACGGCAACGUGAUUGACAUCAUCAUCGACGAGGAGGACGAGGAGACGAAGGGCAAGACCCAGGAGGAGAUUGACGAGGAGAACCGCACCAAGCCUCUGAAUGACGAGGAGAGCGCGCCCGAGGUCGUGCUGGCCAAGACCGAUGUUGUCAAGCCUGACCCUGUCUCUCCCUCUCCAGAACUUGAGGCCAUCGCUGCCACCACCGCCCCCGUUAUCCGCCACACGUCGUCAGCCGAGAAGGAGUGGCUCACCACCCUUGUCCAGAAGCACGGCGACGACUUUGCGUCCGCAGCCAUGGACCGCAGGCUCAACGUCUGGCAGAAGACGCCCGGAGAGCUCAAGCGCAUGGUCCGUAAGGCUGGUGGCGUCGCCAAGCUCACUGGCGCCUAG